AUGGCGCCCGAAAUCCGUCGCCCUCGAGAAAGUGGAGUCCGAAGCUUCACGGACACAGGCCAAAUACAGGUGCAGGAGCAAGCGCCGGCCAACUACGCUCGCGUCUUGAGUAAAGCUGGGCUUACCUGCCUCGCAUACGAUGCCGCUUAUCAGGCCGAGUCUGAAGGCGAACCUCGCAACCUCGAAGACCCCUAUCAGCGCAUCGAGGACGUCAAGAACGCCGUGACCUAUUUCGUCGGCCGCUCCGACGUCGACUCGGACAAGAUUGGAGUGCUUGGUAUCUGCGCCUCUGGCGGCUACGCGCCCAUGGCAGCACAGGUUGAUCUUCGCUUCAAAGCCGUGGCCACCUCGGCGGCGGUCUGUGUGGGCACGAUGUCCCGCCGCGGCUUCAACAAGGAUUCGUCCAAUGUGGACGUCCUCCACACCCGGCUCGAGGCUGCCACGAAAGAUCGAAACAGCGACGCCGGCGGGCUGAAGAGCCCUGAGGUGCACAUGUUGCCCAAUAAUGCGAAAGAUGCUGACGCCCUGCCAGGGAGCUUCACGGACCUGUUCCAGUACUAUUACACGCCCCGCGGCAAGUACCCACACGCGUCCAACAUCACUCUCCCUCGUGAGUGGGACAUGGUUGGGAACUUCGACGCCUUUGCGUUCAACAGCUUGAUCAGCCCCAGGCCCAUCUUGUUAAUCACCGGCACCAAGGCGGCAACUAAGUGGUACAGCGAAGACGGGAUCGUGAAGGCCGAGGAACCCAAAGAGCUGUAUGUUAUCGAUGGUCUCACUCACGCCGACCUGUACGACAAGGUGGACGACGCGGGUACGAAAUGUGCCGAAGUUUUCGUAAAGUAUCUUGUUUGA